CAGGCUUUUCAUUUAUACUCUAAAAUGCUUGCUAAGGGAAUUUCUCCUAAUGUUAUCACAUACAGUUCUCUCAUUUUUGGAUUGUGUCUUGAGGGUCAAUAUAAGGAAGCCAUUGAUUUGUUAAGUGAUAUGGUGCUUAGAAACAUUACUCCAGAUGUUCGUACCUAUAGUAUUUUGAUCGAUGGGCUAUGCAAGGAAGGAAAGAUCAAAGAUGCUAAGAGUGUAUUGGCUGUAAUGGCAAAACAUGGUGUGAAACCAGAUGUAGUUACUUAUAACAGCUUAAUGGAUGGAUAUUGUUUGGUUAAUCAGGUAAAUAGGGCAAAAUAUAUAUUCAACACAAUGGCCCAAAUUAGAGUGUUGCCCAAUGUUCGAAGUUACAGUAUCAUGAUUAAUGGCUUCUGCAAAAGUAAAAUGGUCGAUGAAGCCUUGAAUCUCUUUGAAAAAAUGCGUCGCAAGAACUUGGUUCCAGACACGGUAACUUACAGCACUCUUAUUGAUGGCUUGAGCAAAUCGAAGAGAAUCUCUUGUGCUUUAGAGCUUCUUGUCGAGAUGCAUGAAAGAGGUCAACCCACUGAUGUAGUCACUUACAAUUCCUUGUUGGAUGGGAUGUUUAAUAUCAAACAACUUGACAAGGCACUUAUGUUAUUUAUUGAAAUGAAAGAGAGUGGCAUUGAUCCAAAUAUAUGUACAUGCAAUAUACUUAUAGAUGGCCUAUGCAAAAGUGGAAGACUUAUAGAUGCAAAAGAGAUUUUUCAAGAUCUUUCCGUUAAAGGCUAUCGUCCAAAUGUGAGGACAUACAAUAUUAUGAUCAAUGGAAGGCAAUGGUUGCUUACCAGAUGCUGUGACUUUUGAAACUGUUAUCCGUGCUUUGUUUGAAAAAGAUGAGAAUGACAUGGCGGAGAAACUUCUUCGAAAAAUGGUUGCUAGAGGCUUAUUGAAUUGAUAAAAGAAGGUAAAAUACAUCAACUCAAAUUGAAAUUACAUCUCACUGUUGCUGAAUAUGUAUCAUAGUUUUGUAAAUUCUGUGUCUGUUGGGUCAGAGGACUUUGGCAAUACCAUAACAUUAAUUAAUUUUGCACUUCCGAUUUUUGCAAUUGCUAUCAUCCUUUUUCAUUCCACUACAUUAUUGAUUCUUUAGAUGAUAUUCCUAGUUAUAGCUUACAGAUUUUGUGUUUAAGAUCUCUUUAUAGCAACAGAGUGUUAUUUACUGUUA